CUUCUUGAACAACAUUGGGGCCGGGAACAACUCAAGAGGAACAAUGGGGUUAUUCAGAAGUUUUGUCUUCCUCUUGGUCCUAUACCUGCUGCAGGGGUCCAAUACUUCCCUUGUUCGGCUGGAUAAUAAUGGCUACGAGGGCAUUAUCAUUGCUAUAGACCCUGUUGUGCCAGAAGAUGAAACACUAAUUCAACAGAUAAAGGACAUGGUGACUGCAGCAUCUACUUAUCUGUUUGAAGCCACAGAAAAAAGAUUUUUUUUCAAAAAUGUAUCAAUAUUAAUUCCAGAGAAUUGGAAGAACAUCACUCAGUACAAGAGGCCAAAGCAUGAAAGUUACAAACAUGCUGAUGUGUUAGUCUCACCACCUACCCUCCCAGGUAGAGAUGAGCCAUAUACCAAGCAGUUCACAGCCUGUGAAGAAAAAGGAGAAUACAUUCACUUCACCCCUGACUUUGUACUUGGAAAAAAACAAAAUGAAUUUGGACCAUCAGGUAGACUAUUCGUUCAUGAGUGGGCCCAUCACCGCUGGGGAGUGUUUGAUGAGUACAAUGAUGAUGAGCCCUUCUACAGCGCUAACACAAAGAAAAUUGAAGCAACAAGGUGUUCCACAGGCAUUACUGGUAUAAACAGAGUGUAUAAGUGUCAAGGAAACAGCUGUGUAACUAAUAGAUGCAAAACUGAUUCCAAGACAAACCUGUAUGAAAAAGAUUGUCAGUUCUUCCCUCAUAAAUAUCAAACUGAAAAGACAUCCAUAAUGUUUAUGCAAGGUAUUGAUUCUGUCGCUGAAUUCUGUAAUAAAAAAACCCAUAACCGUGAAGCUCCAAGCCUACAAAACAAAAUGUGCAAUUUCAGAAGCACAUGGGAGGUGAUCAGCAAUUCUGAGGAUUUUAGAAACACAGUGGUUAUGGUGGCACCACCCCCUCCACCUGUCUUCUCAUUGCUAAAGAUCAGUGAAAGAAUUGUGUGCUUAGUCCUUGAUAAGUCUGGAAGCAUGGCUGAUUCUAAUCGCCUAGAUCGAAUGAAUCAAGCAGCAAAACAUUUCCUGCUUCAGACCGUUGAAAAUGGAUCCUGGGUGGGGAUGGUGCACUUUGACAGUACUACCUACAUCAGAAGUAAUCUAAUCCAAAUAAUAAGCAGCAAUGAAAGAAGAAAGCUCUUGGAGAGUUUACCUGCAGUUGCUAGUGGAGGAACUUCCAUCUGCAGUGGAAUUAAAGCAGGAUUUCAGGUAAUUGGAAACACUUACUCCCAAAUAGAUGGAUCUGAAAUAGUGCUGCUGACUGAUGGGGAGGAUAACUCUGCAAGCACCUGUAUUGAUGAAGUGAAGCAAAGUGGGGCCAUAAUUCAUUUUAUUGCUCUGGGACCAAAUGCCGAUAAAGCAGUCAUAGAGAUGAGCAAUGUAACAGGAGGAGAACAUUUUUAUGCUUCAGAUGAAGCCCAGAACAAUGGCCUCAUUGAUGCUUUCGCGGCCCUUGCAUCAGGAAACACCGAUGCCUCCCAGCAGUCUCUUCAGCUUGAAAGUAAGGGAUUAAAACUCAACAGUAUUGACUGGAUGAAUGGCACUGUAAUAAUUGAUAGCACUGUGGGAAAGGACACAUUCUUUCUCAUCACAUGGAACCAUCAGCUUCCCGUUAUUUCUCUCUUGGAUCCCACUGGAAACUCAGUGGGAAAUUUCACAGUGGAUGAAGCUUCCAAAAUGGCCUAUCUCAGUAUUCCAGGAACUACAAAGGUGGGUGUUUGGUCUUACAGUCUUCAAGCAAAAGCAAACGCAGAGACAUUAACUAUAACAGUAAAUUCUCGAGCGGCAAAUUCUUCUGUGCCUCCAAUCACGGUGAAUGCUAAAAUGAAUAAAGACACAAACAGCUUCCCCAGCCCAAUGAUUGUUUAUGCAGAAAUUCUACAGGGGUAUAUACCCAUUCUUGGAGCCAAUGUGACUGCUUUCAUUGAAUCAAAUACUGGGAAAACAGAAGUUUUGGAACUUUUGGAUAAUGGUGCAGGUGCUGAUUCUUUUAAGAAUGAUGGAGUCUACUCCAGAUAUUUUACAACUUAUAAAGAAAAUGGCAGAUAUAGCUUGAAAGUACGGGCUCAUGGAGGAGAAAAUGCUGUCAUGCGAAACUUACGGUAUCCACUGAAUAGAGCUGCAUAUAUACCAGGCUGGGUAGUGGAUGGGAACAUUAAAGGGAAUCCGCCAAGACCUGAAAUUGAUGAGAACACUCAGACAAACUUGGAGAGUUUCACCAGAACAGCAUCUGGAGGUGCAUUUGUGGUUUCAAACGUUCCAAAUCUUCCCUCCUUGCCUGACGUCUUCCCACCAAGUCGAAUCACAGACCUGAAGGCCACAUCAGAUGAGGAUGAGAUCAGUCUAACAUGGACAGCACCAGGAGAUGAUUUUGAUGUUGGAAAGGUUCAAAAGUAUAUCAUAAGAAUAAGCGGAAGUAUUCUGGAUCUAAGGGAUAAUUUUGAUGAUGCGCUGCAAGUAAACACUACUGAUCUGUUACCAAAAGAGGUCAACUCCAAGGAAAACUUUACAUUCAAACCAGGAAAUAUCUCAGAAGAAAAUGCAACCCACAUAUUCAUUGCCAUUCAAAGUGUGGAUAAAAGCAAUUUGACAUCAAGGGUAUCUAACAUUGCACAAGCAGCUUUGUUUGUGCCUCAAGCAGAUGACAUACCUGAUGACAUUCAUCCAGAUCCUAAUCCUGAUAAAAAUCCCCCUAAGUCCGGACUCAGCAUUUCUACUUUGGUGGUGUUAGUGGUUGGCACUGUGAUAACUGUCAGUCUGAUUUUGAGUAUCACCAUUUGUGUCUUAAGCAGGAAAAGAAAUUCUAGCAGACCUAGAACAGGGUUUUAAAAAACAUCAACAACAAAAGUAAAGGAUGUUUCUCAAUUUUUAAAUUUAUCAUGUGUGAUCAUGAACUCAUACAAAUAAUUUUAAGAGUUUUAGAAGGGAUAGUUUGACUACAUAUAAACAUGAAGAGGUGUCUGAAAGAUUGUGAAUCAGUAUUAAAUUAAAUAAUUUUAUUUAUUCAUUGUUUUAUCACAAAAGGUGAUAAAGAUCCUUUUUCAUAUUCAUACCUGGCUGUAUAUUAUCUGACACAAAAGUUCUCUAUAAAAAUUCAAAUUUCAUCAAGAAGUUAAGACUGUCUAUUGGAGUGGUCAAAAUGCAAGUGUAAGAAGGCAAAUAAACAAUAUUUGAGAAAAAUGAA